CGAAAGGAAAAUAGUAGGUACACCCUGAGUCAGGAGAUAGUCGGAAGUAAGGAAAAUGGCAAUGGAAGAGAAGGAGGUAGGGUUCUUGGGGCUGGGAAUAAUGGGGAAGGCCAUGGCCACCAAUCUGUUACGCAAUGGCUUUAAGGUCACGGUUUGGAACAGGACUUUGUCUAAGUGUGAUGAGCUGGUGGAGAAUGGUGCUUCAAUUGGAGAAACCCCAGCAGCUGUCAUCAAGAAGUGCAAGUGUACCAUUGCAAUGUUAUCUGAUCCAAAAGCUGCUCUUUCAGUGGUUUUUGAUAAAGAGGGUGUUCUUGAGCAAAUUUGCAGCGGAAAAGGUUACAUUGACAUGUCAACUGUAGAUGCUGAUACUUCUUCUAAGAUAAAUGAGGCGAUUACAUCAAGGGGUGGUCACUUCAUUGAAGCUCCUGUGUCCGGUAGCAAAAAGCCUGCUGAAGAUGGUCAACUGGUAAUCCUUGCUGCUGGGGAGAAGGCAUUAUAUGAGGAAGCAAUCCCAGCUUUUAAUGUACUUGGAAAGAGGUCUUUUUACUUAGGGCAGGUUGGAAAUGGAGCAAAGAUGAAACUUGUCGUCAACAUGAUAAUGGGCAGUAUGAUGAAUGCACUUUCGGAGGGACUUGCACUGGCUAGCACAAGCGGACUUGAUCCUCAGAAUCUUCUUGAUGUAUUGGAUCUGGGUGCAAUUGCUAAUCCAAUGUUCAAGAUGAAAGGACCUACUAUGAUCCAGAACAAUUACUCCCCUGCUUUUCCGCUGAAACAUCAGCAGAAGGACAUGAGGUUGGCUCUUGCCCUUGGUGAUGAAAAUGCUGUAUCAAUGCCAGUUGCAGCUGCAGCCAAUGAGGCUUUCAAGAAGGCCAGGAGCAUGGGAUUAGGGGACCUUGAUUUUUCGGCUGUGUUUGAGGCAACUAAAAUUUGUUACUUUGAAUCUCUUGUAGGCUUUCAAGAAGGCCAGGAGCAUGGGAUUAGGGGACCUUGAUUUUUCGGCUGUGUUUGAGGCCGUAAAGGUUCUUCAACAUCAGUCUUAGUACAAAGACUGCUUAAAAACUUGAGCAAUGAUGAACAGAAAGCAAAGAACUGCUUAAAAACUUGAGCAAUGAUGAACAGAAAUAAAUAGUGUUGGCAACUAUAGCCAGAAAGAAAAUGUUGCGUUUAUCUUCAUAGAUAUUGUGGGCUUGAUUUUCAAAGUUUUUAAUAUGCAAAGGUUCUAUCGGCCAAAUCUUAGAAAGAGACUGAACUUUGUCGUGUACAAUGUAAUGAUAAAAUGCAUUUCGUUGUGUCGGCUACAAUGUAAUGAUAAAAAAAACAUUUCCUUGUGUUGCAAA